UGCUGCGGCGCAGAUAAAUAGGGGCGGCUUUUUUCAUGAGGGAAGACUUCCAGAGAGAGAGUGCAGACUGCGACUGAAGGACAGCUGCAUAUGCUGCGACAAGCUAGCCGCCAGACUAGUGUUUGCAAAAGAUCUUCGCGAUCCCUCCUCUAAGAACCUCUGGGUCGGGCCGGUCACAGUCAGCUUCUCCCCCGUCCGUCCGUGCAGAUUCGGCGGCCGACGGAAGAUGUCAGAGGUGGUAAAGAGAGGCUAUCUCUCCGUGAGACGGAGGAACCUACUCGCCUCGUCAUCGUACAAGCAGAGGUUCGUGGUGCUAAAGAUGGGAGGCGAGGGCCGAGGUAAACUAGUGGAGGUAUGGGACUCGCAAACCUCCGAAAAGGACCCGUAUCGACUGGUGUUGGGCAAACUCCUGGACGGUCCAGACCAAGCCUUCGAACAGCGGGAAGAGAUACGCUUUUCAGCUGCUAGUUGCAGAUGAGGUGGUGCUAACAUUCGGCUGUUCGUCCGUCAAAGACAGGGAAGAAUGGAUGACUGCAUUUAACGUCUUCAGAAAGAUGGCACUCCCCGUCUCGGAGCACCCGGCACUCCAGGCAUCAAUCACUAACGAAAGGAACUUUUUCUCGGUGUUUCUGAGCAAGACACACAGCUCCCUGGCCAUUCACCAGGGCCAGUACAUGCUGUCCCUGGACAACGAGGCAAUCUCUCUCCACUGGAUCACGACCGCCGCCAUCGCGCACACCUGGCCUCGCAAGACCGUCCAGGAGUUCGGAAUGAGGGGCUCAAAUCUCGUGCUCAAGGUCUGCAGGGCUGGAGGAAGCUCGUCGAAUGUGGUGGAAUUUGAAUUCAGAGCCACCAACUCCACCACAGUGGCCAUCCUCAAGAGAUGGAACAUUGUGCUGAUGGAAUCCAUCGCAGCCAACUGCGGGGAUCCAGAGCAGAUGAACUAUAUCGGGAAGGUGCUCAACAGGCAGGCCACUGAUAGCCCGGAGACUGGAGGAGGUAGUAGACUCAGCAAGUCUUUCCGCAAGCGCAGCCAGUCGACGAAAGAGAGACAGACGGACGUGAAGGAGAAGUGGAUCCUUUUCAGGUUCACGGAGUGCUACCCUUCGUCCCGGGAUGCUGGGUGUGGACACGCCCUCUCCGCAGUCAACAAGUGGGACCAACUCACCGCAGAAAGCACCCCACCACGUCCCCCCGCCCCUCCCACCUUCACUUGCCGGAGAAAUUGGCGAAGCUGCUCGUCCGGGUCACCUGCAGUCUUCCCCACCCCCCCCUCCCUCCCCGCCCUCUCCGAGACUACUCCAGCAGUGAGGAAGACUCUGACUACGCCUACAUCAAGGAGGACGAGGUGAAGGGACCGGCAAAGUCCCCUAACUCUCCCUCGGAGAGCCCGCGGGGAACUGGGGAGAGGACUCUUGACCAGGAGCUAGAAGACCUUGAGAUUAGCAUGAGGAGGGAGAGGAAGGAGAAGAAGAGAAAGGCGGCACUGGAGAAGAAGAGAGCAGUGACUAUGGCUGCUCGCCCGAGCCACCAGCGUCCGCCUCUGUUUUUCACCCCGGCCGACCCCGAAGAUUACCUGGAGCCUCUCUCGUUGGGGGGCAAUCGUCCGAGGAGCACGGGGGACUACGCGACUCCGAUUCCGUCUCACGGCCGCUCCUGCUCUGAACCCGACACAUCGUUCUGCUCGGACUCAAAGUCUCUCUCACAGCCGACAAUCCACACGCUCCACUACAACCCUCCCCACCUCUCUCCGACUCCCGAACUCUGCGAGACUCCGCCCACCCUCCCCUCCCGCGCCUGGCGCUCGAAGGAGAGCCCCGAUCGCUCCAGAGACGACUCGGACAUUUCUCCCUAUGCCGUGGUGAGCAAGAUCCUGCCGGGGAGGAUAGUAGAGGAAACUGACUCACGUGCUCCCUCGGCCAGAAACAGAGCAAAGAGCUCGCCAACAUCCACACAACGGCAUGAACUAGACCAGACACAAGCUAGCGAUCAGUCCUCUGAACCAGCAGAGAACUCAGCUACUUCUCAAAACACAGCUCAGAAUUCGACUUUGGAUUCGACUUUGGCAGCAGACGGGGAGGCGGAGUCGGCCCCGCCCAUUCCUCCCCGAAGCCCUAUCAAGGAGAAGCUGUCCUUGUGUUCCAGCACGUCGUCUAUCGCCUCGAACCACUCACACCGCUCCAGCCAUGGGCACGUGGCCGGCGUCCGUUGCUCAAAGUGUCUUCGCCAGCUGAGGGCACCAGUCAACAAGACGCUCUCAGAGCACCGCGGUCAACCGUUGUCUCAGGGCAUGCCUCCACUCCACCACCACCACGAGAAGUGCUCUCUGCCGGACCUCAACACCACCGUGAACGGAGUGGUCCCGGAGAACAGUCUCCAGCAGCAGAGACAGAGGGGGCAGCGCGGACGGAUCCCCAGCGCGUCCGAGUCUCGCUCCAGCUCAGACGGAAGCUCGUCUUCCCUCCACUCCCCUGGUAAUUACCUGGAGAUUGUUCCUGACUCCGGUACUGCGGGGUCGUCACGAGGCGGCACCAACAGUAGAGGACGGAACUCUGACCCGGAAAGCCUGCAGAUUUUGGACGACUUUCUGCAGUAUUUUGAUGACAAGGUCAACUCUCUGAACCAGGCUGACGGGUCCUCCCCUGAUCAGCACAGACAUGCCGCAUUCACCUCCCCGCCUCACUCCAAUGGGUGCACCCCAUCCCGGAGGAUGAAUGGGGUAAAGGAUCCCCCGUUACUCCAACGCAGCAACACCCUCGCCUCGUCCGUAAACCACACCCAUUCACCACACCCACCACACCCAAUCAUGCCGAACAAGAGUCUCUCUUUCACGACCGGCACUCGUUCCCCGGCUCCGCCCGUCCCUCCUCGCAGCGAUAUCUCUCUCGGAGGGCAGGGGCGGGCUCCACACUACCCCUCCAACCACCACCAGCCACUCUAUGCCACUGGGUACCACCCUCGACCGUGGGCCCGUACCAGUAGCUCCGGGUCUUUCAGCAGCACCUCUGGCGACAGUAGAAGCCCCCCGGCACUCUACAGUGUUCGGACACGUCAGUCCAGCUCCGGUUCAAUUCACAGCGGGAGUCCGAGCCCCACAAUGGCUCCGGCUCCUCCUCUUCCUCACCCGCGCUCCUGGCAGAACCUGGCUCGCCACUUCACCCAAGUCCCUCCAGAGAACGAGGGCUCGGCGACCGUCUUCAUACACCACCUCAAACAGGAUCGUCGUCGCGUCAUGCACUCGCACAUGGUCUGAACCACAUGUGCUCAGAGUGUGCUCACGAGAGAGCCAGCCGUCACAGCUGGCAAAAAAACUGUGAAACACUUUUUAGUCAUGUCGUCUGCACUUUUUCGUUGGUUGUCCGUCUGCUUUGUGUCUACUUUGUGUUGUAAUUGUGAGGCUAUUUUACCCACGCCUCGUAUCGUAUCGAUUUUUCGUUCUUUUUGUAUUUCGUGUAUGUUUUGGUUCUUACUAUGUGAGUGUCUCCAUAGGAUGUUCUAGUUUAAAUGUGCGUGAUUUUUGUGUAUCAAUUUACACAAAUUAAUAUUUGAAUAGACAAACAUUUCUGGUUCUUGCGGGUCAAAGUGAUUGAUGCACGUGAAUCAUAUGUUAAUGUUCUUGCCCAUCGUCUUGCCUGGCACUGUCUCCUCAUUUUCCCUUCGAACCACUCAGUCUAGUGUGCCAUGAGGCCUCCGCCCCUUCAGAGAAUGGUGCAGAAUUUAGAAGAAGCAGUGUUGAUCCUCGCUACUGCUCCCUGCUCUUCAACGUCACGACAGUAGUCGGCGGGUUGCUCGCUUCCUCCCUUUGUAUUACUCUCGCCCUGGGUCUGGACCGCGGAGCUGGUAGUGGAAGUCCUCAGGAGCGAGUAUUUGUUCCUCUGGUCCUCAGGGAACCCGGCGAGAUGGGCCUCCAGCCACGUCACGUAGCAGUUCCGCAGUACGCGCCCGCUGCGGAGCUCCUUGUAAAUGACGACUGCCGUGUCGUCGUAGCGACGUGAUAUGUACUCGUCGACAAACGGCUGCACCUUCCUCCGCCUAAGCAUGAACCAAG